CAGAGCUGAGGCUACACGAAAAACAAAAACCCAAACCCUAGCCGCUUACGGCUCUCUCUCUCUCUCAUCACUGUCGCACGGUCGGCAACUCUUUCUUCUUCAUCCGAAAGAUGUGCCCUCUCCAUGGCGAAACAUACAGAUCCUCUUGAUGCUCUUCCCACAGGGUUGAAGCUGUUUAUCAAAAAUCUUCAUUCUCUCACACCAGAAAAGCUUGAUGACACCAACUUUCCCUCUUGGAUUGCUACAACUUCUGCUAAUCUCUCUGCCCACAGAUUAAUGGGAUAUGUCGACGGCUCAAUACCAGCCCUGCCGGCCACCAUCACAGUUCCUGCCGACAAAGACACAGCCGCUGAUGUUAUUCCGAACCCAGAAUUCGAGGUUUGGUCUGUUAUUAACGCUCAAUUGUGUGCCUGCCUGCUUGCGAUUGUCACUCCCUCUAUACAACACAAUCUUCAUGGCUUGGACACCGCUGCUGGUACAUGGAAUCAUCUCCAACUUCGGUAUAACUCUCUCUCUCGAACACAUAUUUUCCAGUUAAAAGAGCAACUCCAUAAUGUUAAAAAAAGUGAUGACUCCAUGCAAAAGUAUCUUGAUUCCGUUGUCAAAAUUGUGGCUGCCUUGGAUCGCUCAAAAGCGGGUGUUCCUGAGCAAGAUGUUGUUCUCGCUGUUCUUCGUGGGUUACCCUCAGACUAUGCCUCCAUUAAGCAGAACAUCCGUACCAAUAUUGCCACAGUGACUUUUGCUCAGGUCUCGUCAUGGCUAUUGGCUGAAGAACUCAACCUCCAGAUGGAACACAAACUUCAGGUCCGUGACUCUUCUUCGUCGGUUGAACCCCACGCAGCCCUCUUUGCUCAGUCCGGUUAUGCUGGACGUGGCCGUGGUCGAAAUAUGCAGCGAGGCCGAGAAAAUGAGCCUCUCAUCCGGAGUGUCCCUCCAUUUUAUGACUCUUUUAUGACUUAUGAGAGGGAGACUUGGCUUAAAGUCUUAUACAAAAGACCUCCAAGUCCGAACACACACUUGAAGGUCCACAAGAGAAAAAAAAUGGAAAUUUCAAGCGAGAAAAUGGUGUCUGAAACAAAGAGCUGGAGUAUAUGCAAACUCCCUUUCUGGAAUUCGACCAAUCUCUCUUCUUCCUCUUCAUCUACUUCUUCUUACAGACUUCAACACGACAAUGGAUUUGCAGGCUACCAUCAGCCCAGUAACCUUCACAGCGCCUCCUCCGCUAAGCCCACUUCUAUCAACAUCAAGUCUCUCCUCCCCACUCGUCGCCGGCUCAGCCUUGAUCCCUCCAACAAGCUCUAUUUCCCCUAUGAACCUGGGAAACAAGUCAAGAGUGCGAUCAGAAUCAAGAAUGUUAGCAGGACUCAUGUUGCCUUUAAGUUCCAAACAACUGCACCGAAAAGUUGUUACAUGCGUCCACCGGGUUGUAUACUUGCCCCGGGAGAAAGUAUCAUUGCCACAGUUUUCAAAUUUGUGGAGCCUCCCGAGAAUGAUGAGAAACCAGUUGGUAUGAAGAGUGGAGUCAAGUUCAAGAUAAUGAGCCUAAAAGUUAAGGGGGAUAUGGAAUAUGUUCCGGAGCUGUUUGAUGACCUAAAGGAUGAAGUGUCAGUGGAACAGAUACUAAGAGUAGUCUUUCUUGAUGCAGAGAACCCUUGCCCUGCAUUGGAGAAACUUAAUCGUCAACUGGCUGAGGCCGAGGCUGAGCUUGAAGCACGCAAAAAGCCCUCCUCGGAAGACAACCGUCCCAAUUUUUUGGGUGAAGGUCUGAUAAUAGAUGAAUGGAAAGAACGUAGGGAAAGAUAUCUAGCACGACAGCAGGCUGAGGAGCUGAGCUCUGCCUAAACAAAUGCAGCUGGACUUCGCUACUCUAGCAUCGAGUUUGCGAGGAGCAUAUGUGGGACCCGAAGAGGAUUGGAGGCGUCUAACAUUGGUUUGUUUGUCUCUACUUGUGUAUUUGAGUUGAGAGCCUCUUGGAAACACUUUCUCUACUUCCAAGUAGGGGUAAGGUCUGCAUACUACACUCACUCUCCUCAGACCCUACCUUGUCUGGGAUUCUACUGGGUUCGUUGUUAUUGUUGUUGUAUUAUCCAUGCGUGUGUAUCGUUGGUUGAUUCGUUGAUACAGACAACAUUGUACUAUGAUUUUGUCCAUUUUGUAUAUGGAUUACAUAUUUUUUAACAAAAAAAGAAGGAUUUU